AUGUUUCGUCAACGUUUACUUUCAACAGAUGUUCUACCUCAUGAUUCCACUGAUACUUCAAGUGCAUCACCUAUUCUACCACAUCAUCCACGAUAUAGACACAACGUUGCUCACGUAUCGAUACAAACAUUGGAGACCAUGAAUAUUAGUACUAGUAAUUUAUUCGACUCAACCAAACAAAAAGAAGAACAGCAAGAAUGGCUACCGAUACCAUUUCCUGAGAAUCCUUCACGUUUGUGUCAAUUACGUCUUGCAACAAUUCAAACAACUGUUCAGCAAUUAUUUCUUCCUUUUUUUCCUGUUUGCAAUAAUAACAAUGAAUUUUAUCCACUUUUAGCUAAUACACCCAUAAAAGAAUUAUCUACGGUCGAACAACGUGUUCGACGAGCACAUCGUUUUGAGGAAAAGUAUGCUUCGUUGUUACUGCAAUUUGAUGUCAAACUCCAAUUAGAUUUACAACAAUGGUUAGAUUUCUAUGGUCGCCAAUGGAAUGUUCAUCAAACCGUGUUAACGAUUAAUUUAAAUCGAUUAUAUCAUCUACUUUCUCGAUUUACAUUACACGAUUAUUUUAUAAAAGUUCAACAAAAAUCCUAUCAAUUAUCUAUGGAAGAAUGGUUUCUUGUUUUAGAAUAUUAUUUACAAAUGGAUGCUUCCUGUUUCUAUAUGAAGACAUGUAAUUUUUAUAACGCUAAACCACAAUGGGACUAUAUUGGUAUAUUUCCUUAUGGUACACCAAGAGCUCACUAUGGUAUGAAACAAUGUAAAGAUAAAAGUUGCCGUUUCUGUUAUGAACGUCUGGACUUAACGAAUCGAUUUGAACGAGCAAUGCAUUUUUCUAACAAACAAGUUCACUGUUUUCUUAAUCAGUAUAGAGUUUAUUUGAAUUGUGAUGUGACUUGUACCACAUCAAAUGUGAUCUAUGCUUUGACAUGUCCUUGCCAUCGUUAUGAUUAUAUUGGUCGAUGUCAUGUUGCAUUUCGUGAACGAAUGAGAAAACAUCGUACGUAUGGAUGUCGAUUGAUUAGCAAUUUUUUCAUUGGAAAAAUUAAUGCUAAUCGUUUACAAGAUGAUCGCGAAUCAGAUCCAUUGAUUUCUGAUUGUCAAAGAAAGUUAUAUGAGCAUUCUACGCAAUGUUCUGUGCCUUUGCAACUCUUCUUACAAUGUCAUCCUGAAUAUUGGUGUUUUGUACCAAUGACUCAUGAACAAGCUCGAAUCGAUAAUGUUAAUCUAACUUCUGCAAAAAGACAACUCUUGGUGAAUUAUCAAGAUUCACUUUUCAUAGAAAGAGAAAUUAAUCGAUAUGAGCGAACAAUGCCCUUAGUUCGAUGGUGUGUUAAUCAUGUACCAUUACCUCCAUCAAAUUAUCAAUUUUCUUUGCUACAAAUACUUGAACAAUAUGAAUUUUUUCACAAGAAAUCCGAGGUUUCUGUAACCCGAUUUCUCGAUCUUUACAAUGCUGUUAUUGUUAUUGCUUUACCUGAAAAUGCUUCGGAUGCAUUGCGCCAUACAGUAGAAGCUUUAUUGGUCAUGUAUGCAGAACCAAAAUUGGUGAUUACGACUAGUGAUGUGGAUCAAGAAUUGAAAUCUGAUGAUAGUACAACUGAAGGAUAUUGGUGUGAAAAUUUACUUCAUCCUCGUCUAUUAGCAAAGCAAACAUCGAAGAAUACAUAA